UCUCAUUGAACUUGCUGGUGCCCACCCUCUCUGCUCCCCUUUUCCUCAGGACAAAUGAGGAGAACCCGUCUCCAAGUGCAAGAUUUUGGGGGGUUGUGUCAGAGUAAGAGAUGCCUGGCAGUAAACCCUCCACCUUGCCCUGAUUUCUGCCUGGGAUGCUGCAAUGUCGAGUGAAAUAACCUUCCAAGCUGAUUCUGGUGCAGAGGAAGUAAUACGCAACGAGGAAACUCUCAUCAUCCGUGCAUCAGGGAGAGAAUUAUUGACUGAGUGCUGAGCAGUCAAGUUAUUGAUUCAAACCAUAGCCCAGUCUCUCCGUCUGCCGCUUGGAGUGGCUGGUUACGUCCUUCUGGUUCAUUGCACUUAAUCGGAUUCCCCGAGCUGCAGCGCAGAGGGGGAGAGUCAGAACCAAAUCCAUCUAUGAUGUUUGCUUCAAAAUCCAGCUCCGUAUCCCCUUCUCCGUCCAUGGAGCAGGCAGACUCGGAUGCCCUGGACAUCAGCACCAAAGUGCAGCUGUACGGCGUGCUCUGGAAGAGACCUUUUGGGAGGCAGUCGGCCAAAUGGUCCAGGAGGUUCUUCAUCAUUAAGGAAAGUUUCCUGCUGUACUAUGCUGAGAGUGAGAAGAGGAGUUUUGAAAGCAAUAAAUACUUCAAUAUCCACCCCAAGGGUGUCAUACCCCUGGGAGGCUGCAUCGUGGAGCCCAAAGAAGAGCCCAACAUGCCUUAUGCCAUAAAGAUCUCUCAUGAAGACUUUCAUGGUAACAUUGUUCUAGCAGCCGAAUCAGAAUUUGAGCAGGCUCAGUGGCUGGAGAUGCUACAGGAGUCUGGAAAAGUGACCUGGAAGAAUGCCCAGCUGGGAGAAGCUAUGAUCGAGAGCCUGGAAGCCCAAGGACUGCAGCUGGCCAAGGAAAAACAGGAGUAUUUAGAUAAGCUAAUGGAAGAAACAGAAGAGCUGUGUCUGCAGAGGGAGCAAAAAGAGGAACUCGAGCGCCUGAACCAGGUCCUGGAAGCAGAGAAGCAGCGGUUUGAAGAGGUGGUGCGGGAGCUGCGGCUGGAGCAGGAACAGAUCAGACGGGAGCUAGAGCUCACAGCCCGCUCCCUUAAAGGAGUGGAGGAAGAAAAGAAAGAGUUGCGAAGCCUGACACAGUCCUUACAGAAAACCCUAGAGGAGCUCUCCCUGGAAAAGCAGCAAAUGCUGGAGAUGCUGGAAGAAAAUGAGAGCCAGGUCCUGCCGCCAACAAGCCCCAGCAAGGAGCAGAGCCCCAUCUGGGGACUGCACUGCAGCCUGCAACAGAUUGAAGAGAAGAUGCAGCAACUUCUGGAGGAGAAACUCCUGGCAGAGAAGAGGAUGAAGGAGAACGAGGAGCGGUCCCGAGCGCUGGAGGAGGAGCGGGAGUUCUACUCCUCCCAGUCCCGAGCGCUGCAGAACUCGCUCUCGGAGCUGACUGCCGAGAAGCAGCAGGCGGAGAGAGACCUCAAGGCUGAGGUGAAGGUGCGCAUGGAUCUGGAGAAGAGACUGAGGGAAGCUGAGGCAGCAUUGCAGAGCUUGGAGCAAGGCUUAAAUUCUCUGGAUUGCAACAAGGAGAAAGAGGAGAAGAUGAAAGCAGAUGUCAGCCACCUGAGAAAGUUCUUUGAAGAGUGCAUCCGCAAUGCCGAGCUGGAGGCCAAGAUGCCAGUGAUCAUGAAGAACUCUGUGUACCUCCACAAGGCUGCCACCCGUCGCAUAAAGAGCUGCCGCUUCCACCGCCGGAGAGCCAGCGCUUCAUGGAAUGACAUGAAGCAGUCCCAGUCCUUCAUCUACUCACAGGCAGAAGCUGAAAACAUCGAGGAGCUGAAAGAAACAGCCAAAAGACUGAGCCGGGACCAUCACUUCAGGAAGACCCUCUAUCAAAUCAUGAGGUCGCAAAAGGAUUCUGCUUUGGGGGAGGAAAAGUGACUCUCAUUGGGAGGGGGCUUCUGAUCUCAACUUGCCAUUCAGCUCCACAGAGGUGAUGCCAUGGGGCACUAGGGUCAGAAGGGACAUUUGCCCUUUGGUGGGGAAAGCGGGGGAAAGUUGUGUGUAGGCAAUUCCCUCAGUUAGUGGCUUUGCUUUAGUUUGAAUGCUCCCUGUAGCCCGGCAGACCUUCUCUGCUGAUCACUCCAGAUCUGUUUGCUUCAGCUGCUUACGUUAAGCCAUGUUUCACCAAGACACCACGGUUGGUGUUAAAGUGAACCACAGACCGUAGCUUAGGAAGUGCCUCUCCUUUCCUUUCCUGUCUACUCUGUCUGCCAAACACAAGUGCUUCUGCAAAAGUCCUUUUAUCAGCCCGUGCUCCAGCUGGUGUAACCUCCCCAGCUGGACACAGCUUACCCUCUGCUGCCUCAUCCUGUCUAGGAAACAGCUCUCUGCACACCCCCAGCCACCAGCACUUUGGUGGGGCACAUUUCCUUGCACGCUUCCUGAGGACCACAGCAGUCCCAGCCUCCCAGGUGUAGUCAAUAAUAUCAAACACAGGCCAUUCUCUUGAUGCUACAUCAUUUCAAGCAAACAGUAGGAAUACAAGGUGAAGACAACCUGAGGAUGCUGUGGAUUUGGCUCCAAGGAGGAUCAUGUGCAGAGGAGAGCUUAUAGGUAACUCAGUGGCAUCGAUGUGAGCUGGAGGGUGGGUUGGGUUGUGCUGACUGUGGGCAGAACA